AUGGCGCUAGGAAAAACCCUUUGGGCCUUCGCAGCACUGGCGGGAGCUGCGGUGGGAUCUGAGGAGAUGGCGUGCCAAGCAGAUGGGAGCUGCGAGAAGCCCAAGAACAAGGGUGGAGGAGUGGUGCUCUUGCAAGGAGUCAAGCGGCAUGGCAAAGUCCAGGAGCACUUGCAAAGCGAGGAUGAGGAAUGUACGCCCUUGGGCGGUGAUCCCUACUACCCCUACUUCCGGGAAUGUUGUCAAGGCACCAAGCAAUGUGGCCCCUACUACCAGGAGAGCUGGGGCGGCUGGUCCUUCGAGUGCAAGCAUUCCUGCAACAAGAAGGAGAAGGAGGAUGACUGUGGCUGUGUGCCCCCAGAAGGCUGGUCGACCACGGUGCAAAAAUGCCGCCCUGAAUCCACCACCUCUGAAGCCGAGGCCAAGGAGUGCCGCGACAAGACCUCCACCACCGCGAGCACCACCAGCACCAGCAGCAAGGCUGCCGAGGCGGAUGACUGUGGCUGCAUCCCUCCCGAAGGCUGGUCUACCACCGUCCAAAAAUGCCGUAUUGAGUCUAGCACCUCGGAAGCGGAGGCCAAGGAGUGUCGCGACAAGACCUCGACCACGGUGAGCACUGCCAGCACCACUACCGGGCCCACCACCACCUGGACCGGCGGCACUGGGCCCACACCCACCGUGCUGACCAUCAUGUCUUGGAACGUUUUCUUUGGGAACACCCGGUACGAUGCCAUGGACCGCAUGUUCAAGGCACAUGACGUGGACAUCGCCAACUUACAGGAGACGAACAACAAGUUAGCGAACAUCGCGGAGGCGUCCGGCUAUGCGUCGGUGAAUGAAUGGAAGCAGCCCCACGAUUGGUGUGGCUACAACUUCCACAAGCCCGACUGGGGCCACGCUUGGGCCACUGAACUUGAAGUACCUGGAUCCAGAGGGGUUUGUGGUGCCAUGAUGUACAAGGGAGAUGCUAAGUUCUGCGUGUGGGGUCUUCACCCCAUUCAGCGGAACAACAAUGUGAAGUAUGCGAAGGAGUCCAUCAAGAUCGCAGCUGAUGCCAUGAAGAAAUGCUCAGAAGAGUACAACGCUCCAUCGAUUUUCCUCGGCGAUUUCAAUACCUUGGACUGGAGGGGCGCGCAACAUGAGCUCGAGAAGCGGACCGGCUGGGGAUGGCAGCUGGCAGCAAAGCAUGAUAUCGACUUCAUUUUCAUUCAGACAUACCCACUCAAAGUCGGAGAGGUGAUCUCCAGCCAGAUUGUGGGUGACGGCACGUGCUGGCCCGGCUUUCCGCCCAACAAUGGGAUCUCCAGAGAGUGGAGAUCUCAGGCGAUACACCCGGCCCAGGGGGUGGCGCCGACGCGGGGGCAUUUUGGUGUGGCGUUCUUCGAGGUGCAGGUGGUGAGGCGUGCAAUGAUUUCCGGCUGGUCACCUGUUUCAGUCGUUGCAGUGAAUUUGAUCUUCACGGCAAAGCCGCUUAGGUUGGAACAAGCGCAUUUUUUGGAGGCCCUGGAGGUCCUGGAUCAGCCUCACUACGAGCAGUUCGACGACUUCCUGGAAAUGGUCAUAGAGUUCGGCUAUGUGACGCUUUUUGCAUCAGCCUUUCCUUUGGCAGCUGUAGUGUCACUCGUUAGCAAUUUGAUUGAGUUGAAGUCUGACAUGUUCAAGCUGGCCUGCGUGUAUCAGAGACCAAUCUCUCACCGCAUGAAAUCCAUCGGAAUCUGGAGACAACUACUGCACAUCAUCGCAGGCAUCUCCAUCAUCACGAAUGUGAUGAUCUUCGUGAUGAGUGAGCAAUUGGCUUCUUGGACGCCUUCCUUGUACCGAGAGGCCAGCCUGGAGGAUGUACAACAAGGACGUUUGGCCUCAGCGGUCGACCAAGCAGCAGGAACAGCGGACUUGGUCAUCCGCCAGGGUGCCGGCCGCUAUGUGAUUUUUUUUGCAGCAGGCGGGCAUCGCAGGGCUACGGCAGCGCCAGGAGAUGCGCCAGUUGACAAGAUCCGAUGUCAGAAGAUUGGUUUGAUGGCGAUGAACGUCCCCAGUUUCGAUGAGUUCAUCGAGUCCAUCUUCAUCGACCAGAUGGCAGAGGUGGUCUCAGAGGUCGACAGUCAGGAGGUGGAUGAGGACGAGCGGACUGCAAGCCAUGGACACCAAGUCAAGCUGAAAGCGCUUGAAGAUGGAUAUUGGCUGUUGGCUGAUGCUCAGGAACUACCUUUGAGCCGGAAGGUCCCAGUGCCUUCAGUGCCUUCCCCGGUGUCUUCUCCGCAGGAGCCGAAGGACAUCGAGGAAUCCGAAGACCGACGCUUGGAGGACGGGAGCUUCGUUUCGCCGCAGGAGCUUCGUUUGGCGCGGCUGGAAGAGGAGCUCCUGGGUCGCCUCGAGCGGCUCGGGAGUCUCUCCUUGGCGGAGGAGUCACGACUGAACGAUAUUCGGCAUCAGCGAUCAGCGCUGAAGGGCACAGCCACUCGUGGCCUCACUCACCCGAUCUCCGCGCCGUCACGCUGCGCCUCGGACGAUGCCCGCAGUGCAGAGGAAACGUCCCAUGGAUUGGACGCGGUCUUCCUGGGCUCCAAGCGGCUCUUGACCAAGAAGUCCAAGAAGGCCGCCAGGUACUGGCGCAACAUUGGCUUGGGCAUCCCCACCCCCAAGGAGGCCAAGGAAGGUGCGCCGCCCGGGCAGAGGAAGGUCAUUGCAUGUUGCCUCAUGCUGGUGCGGCGAACCAUCAUCAUCCGCCGAAACUACUUGCACUACAUCAAGCGUCUCGGGCAAGAGAACGUCUCAGUCAGGGAGGCCUUCUUUGGCCUCGUCACCAGAAGGAAGUUCAACCGUUUCGAGAAGCGCCACAGCAACGUGGCCGUGCACUGCUCCCCGGCCUUUGAGCCCAAGGAGGGCGACAUCAUCACCGCAGGGCAGUGCCGACCCUUGGCGAAAACGGUGCGCUUCAAUGUCCUCAAGGUGGACAAGAAUCAGAUCUUCGGAUCUGCCCGAAAGCAGCACUUAGGCACCAUGGAUCAGACUGAGAAGGCUUUCCAGAAGCAGGACGCGGUCUUCCUGGGCUCCAAGCGGCUCUUGACCAAGAAAUCCAAGAAGGCCGCCAGGUACUGGCGCAACAUCGGCUUGGGCAUUCCCACCCCCAAGGAGGCCAAGGAAGGCAAUUUCGUGGACAAGAAGUGCCCUUUCACUGGGAAUGUCAGCAUCCGUGGUUCCAUCCUGAAGGGCAUGUGCAUCUCUACCAAGAUGAAGCGAACCAUCAUCAUCCGCCGAAACUACUUGCACUACAUCAAGAAGUUCAACCGUUUCGAGAAGCGCCACAGCAACGUGGCCGUGCACUGCUCCCCGGCCUUUGAGCCCAAGGAGGGCGACAUCAUCACCGCAGGGCAGUGCCGACCCUUGGCGAAAACGGUGCGCUUCAAUGUCCUCAAGGUGGACAAGAAUCAGAUCUUCGGAUCUGCCCGAAAGCAGUUUGCCUUGUUCUGA